UCGACCCAAUAGAAAUUGGUAAAGCCCUACCUAAGCCUAAAAAACCCAAACUUUUGGUCCCGUGGAGGAGAGCUGCAGAUUGAGAAAAAAGAGAAUGGAAGCAGCCGGCUUGUUUGGAGGGAUUGGACCAUGCGUUUCUGCGUCAUCCACUGUUCGAUCAUCAACGGAGAGAUUUUACAGAAGCACCGGCAAUAGCUUGUCCUACGUAUGCUGCAAGAAGCUUAGCUUAUGCAGCAACCACCUAGCUGCAUUCCAUCAUCCAUCCCACCUUUUCUCAUAUUCCUUUUCACGUCCUUCUCAUGCUAAACUCCGCAAGGCCACCAAAACUCGCAUAUUUCUUCCUCAUUUAGUAGCUUCCAUGGAAGUUGAAGAGACUUAUAUUAUGGUGAAGCCUGAUGGCGUCCAACGGGGCCUUGUCGGAGAAUUAAUAUCAAGAUUCGAGAAGAAAGGAUUUAAACUGACAGGCCUGAAGCUCUUCCAAUGCCCUAAAGAAUUGGCAGAGGAACAUUAUAAGGAUCUCAAGGCUAGACCUUUCUUCCCUAAACUGAUCAAUUACAUAACUUCAGGUCCUGUUGUGUGUAUGGCUUGGGAAGGUGUUGGUGUUGUUGCAUCAGCACGUAAGUUAAUAGGUUCUACAGAUCCUCUUCAAGCUGAACCAGGCACAAUAAGAGGGGAUCUUGCUGUUCAAACGGGACGGAAUGUGGUCCAUGGCAGUGACAGCCCUGAGAACGGAAAACGGGAAAUAGCACUUUGGUUUAAGGAAGGUGAAAUAUGUCAGUGGACACCAGCUCAAGCACCUUGGCUAAGGGAGUGAUUUUCACAGAGCACUUCACUUGGAGAGGCAUGCAGUUUUGAAGAAUCUUCCUCUGAGCAACUGUAUUUUAGAUUGUACCAUUGUUUAUUUUCUCAAUUCGGAAUAAUUCUGUCCUUGAAGAUUCAAUGGGAAACUUGUGAGAAAAUUCAUCAGUUUCUGUUUUUGCCCGGAAAAAAGUCUGACUUUUGCUCUGAUGCCUUAACACUGAAUUGAGGUAUGGAACUGACAUUAGAUUGUGUUUAUAAAAUAUACAUAGUACCACUCAAAUUUCUGAUA